CCCAGGCCAGGACAAACUGCCUAGUAUUUUGCAAAGAGUUGACUGAAAACUGUCCAGGGACAUAUUUGUAUAGCCACUUUUUAAAACAAAUCGUGUUAAUAAAAUGUAUUUUUACGUUUAAUUGCAAUUUUAAUUGUCUAAUAAGUUAUUAUUUCCUAAUACCUUUUCUAAGGUUCAAGACUAACAUUAGCUGCAAAUCAUUUAAAAAGGAAUGAUGCUGGCUAUACCAUGUUUACUUCUAGCAGUUGUAGUAGCAGCUCAAGGCGAAGAUAUACACACUACCAAAGUUUUCAUCAUGACGAUUGGACCAUGGUUUUUCAAUUGGACUGAUACUAAAAGCUCCCAUGUAGGUAACCAGUUCUCUUAUCGCCCAUCGCUGUUGGACUCUCCUGACCUCCCGUCGUGGAUGUUUUACACCUUCAGUGAGAAACACAACCAAGGAUUUGUGUAUGGAGCCCCACCAUCACAGCAGAAAGACCUUCAGAUAGAGGUGGUGGGGCUGAACAGGAAAAACUAUGAAGCUAAACGAAGAGUAAUCAAGAUGAAUGUUCUUGAGAAAGAUGAGCCAGCUCUCUACGAGGUCCAUCUGAAGGUAGACAAGUUGAACGUAGAAGACAUGUUGGAGUCGGAAAGAUACAAUCGGUUGUUGGACGUGUUCCGUCGCACGCUGUGGCCUGACAGUCAGGACGACUUGUACAUAACCUUCCUCGCCUCAGCGGUCCAUCUGGGCGCAAGACUGCCUCUCAACCCAACUGAUGGUGAAGGUAUUGUGAUGCACAUCGGUAGCAGAGCCCCGUUCUCACAGACACUCCUAGAUCUACAGAAAGAGGUCAGUCCAUUGCAGUCCAAAGGUCAAACUAACUGUCCAGACUUCAAACACACCUCUGUGGAACGCUUCUUCAAGCAGUACAACUUCUCUUUGGAUUGGUGUGCUUUCUCCCUGAGUUUUAAACCAUCAAACACACAAGAAAGUCCAGACAGAAACCCCGAGACAGCUGACACAUCACAACAAUGGCAACCUGUUAGUCAGCAAGAGUUGCCAACCCGAAACUACCACUCGGAGCUUGCAGUCACAUUGAUAUUGCCACUGUUCUGCUUCAUCGUGUUGGCCGCACUGCUAACAUUCAUCCUAUGCUUCCAGCAAGACACUGUGAUACAGAAUGCAUCAGCUGCCAUCAUAAACUCCAUAUCUGUAAUGUUUGAAGGUCUUGUAAGGAAGCGCAACGAGGACACUCCCCAGUCACUUCUUGUCCAGUAUGAAGCUGUCCAUCGAGCCUCCAAUACCCUCCGAUCUUUGUCCAACCAGCGAGACUCUAGUCCGAGGUCGUCAUCAGAAAGAGGUGGUCUGCGACCUAAUCCACCUCCGUACACCGGAAUUCAUCAUUCAAACAGAGAGGAGUACCUUGAUGAUGAUGAUGCCAAGACAUGGUAUUGUUAGAUACUACAGAUAGAUUUGUCUUACUGCAAACAGUAGAAUGUAGCUUGAUAUCUCCAGCUUUGACUUCCAAAGUUGGUCUAAGGUGUAGUACAAUGUACUUGCAGCAAUUUACAUUUCUUUAAAUCCAAACAAAAGAAGAUCUCCCUUUCAUAAUUUAAAUCCACAGCACUAAGUCCAGUUUCCUUAAUCCAAUGAAGACUCGGCUAUCCAGCCAGAGUAAUAAAGACAAAAGGUAAUCUUUGACUGUACAAUUCAUAGUGUAAGACUCCACACCAUAGCUACAUGACCGAUAAAAUGUCUUGCACAUUUAACUUUACAGUAGUUACAUCUAGCUCCUAGAAUGUAAAUAUGAUUGAGCUGUGACCACUUCAUUUCUUGGAAUGGGAGAAAUUGCUGUGAGAUUCUAUAUUCAAAUUAAAAGUAUUUAUUUGACAAGAGUUAACAUAUCCCCAUAAGUAAUACGCA